AUGCAAUCGCUGAAGCCCCGCCGCUUUCCCAAGCUAUGCCGCCGAUGGAUCUCGACGGACUCCGUGGCCGAUCUGCCCACCCGGUCCUCGAGCUCCGGAUCCGGUCUGCAGGCGCUCGCUCUAGCCCUUACCAAGCGCCUCGCCGACGACGCCGGCAAGAACAACCACAACCUCAUCUUCUCGCCGGUGUCAGUCUACGCGGCGCUCUCCCUGGUGGCCGCCGGCGCCCGCGAGCGCACCCUCGCGGAGAUGCUCGGCGUCCUCGGCGCAGCGUCUCGUGACGACCUCGCGGGUUCCGUCCGUGCACUGGCGGAGCAGGCCCUUGCCGACCGGUCACAGACCGGCGGGCCAUGUAUCAACUUCGCGUGCGCCGUGUGGCACGACAAGACGAGGCCUCUGAAGCCCGCGUACGCCGACGCCGCCGUCAAGUCGUACAAGGUGCAGACGCACGCUGUAGGCUUCCACGAAAAGCCGGUGGAAGCAGCGAAGCAGAUCAACGCAUGGGUGGCGGCGUCCACCAAUAACCUCAUCCCCUCCAUCAUUCAUCCACGCGCACUGUCCGAGCUGACCGACCUCGUGCUCGCCAAUGCCAUCUACUUCAAGGGUGAGUGGCUCAAGCCUUUCCGCAAGGACCAGACCAAGGAGGACAAAUUCCACCGCCUCGAGGGCGGCAUCGUCGACGUGCCCUUCAUGCGUUACCGUGGCAGGCAGCGCAUUGCGUGCCAUGACGGGUUCAAGGUGCUCCAACUUUACUACGAGAGGGGCCAGCCGUUGGCUGCUCAGCCAUCGGCGCUCUACUCAAUGUGCAUCUUCCUCCCAGACGACCAUGACGGGCUAUGGCGGCUCACUGACAAGAUCGCAUGCAACAAUGACUUUUUGCGCGAGCACCUGCCGACGGGCACCGUCCUGGUCGGCGACUUUCGCCUGCCCAAGUUCAAGCUCGCCUUAUCCACAGACAUGACAAACGUUCUCCGAGACUUGGGACUAAAGGACGCUUUCGACCUGUGGAAGGCCGACUUGGCCGACAUGGUGGAGCAGAAGCCCGGCGUGAACCUGGCACUAGAGAAAGUGUUACACAAGGCUGUCAUCGAGGUAAACGAGGAAGGCACGGAGGCGGCUGCCGCCACCGCUGCUUGUCUUUGCAGAAGUACACGGGCCUACAAACCGCCAGUGCGUGUGGACUUUGUCGCUGAUCAUCCGUUUGCCUUCUUCGUGAUGGAGGAGGUCUCGGGUGCAAUUCUCUUCGCAGGACACGUCCUUGAUCCAUCAAGGGAGUGA